AUGGAAGGAUAUGUUUAAGUGUUUAUUAAAUUAAACUAAAGUUGUUUAAAAAUAGAUAACACGUUCGCUUAUAAUCGAAAAAAGUUAUUAAUAAUAUGGAUAUCUGGAACAGCUAUACCUUAUAUUCUGCUACUUCUGCUACCAUACAGGCAUAAUGUAAAUAAUCUUUUAGCGGCCACAUACCAGAUAUAGGCCAUUCAAAGAUUAUGGCAAAAACGUUAUUUAAUUUCUUACGAAAAAAGGCCUAAUACGUGACCGUAAUGUUUAAAUACUUGGAAAUAUUUCUCAGAUACCUCAGCAUAUAUACAGGUCAUCACUGUUUAAGUUUAUUUAUCACUGUCGGUAUGACAAAUGACACACCCCCCUCCAGUACUCAAUACAUGAAGUCGAUACCGGAACACAUACCCCACAAACCUGCAGCUGGUUUCUACAGAGAAACAAUUAAGUGUUAUUCCCCACAAAUGGUGUCAUACCCACCCCACCCAGCUCCAUAUACAGCAGUUGUUCCACCACAAGUUUACGUUCACACUUAUCCUUCAGCUCAUAUUCGAAACUCCAUGCAUUACUAUUCCCCACAACAUGCUGUGUAUAUUAACACAACACCAUAUAAUGGUAGCAUGGUAACUGUACGUGGCAUGGCACACCCAAAUAACACUUCAUCUCAUUACCAACCAAGAAGUGAAAACUUAUCUAACGGUUGCGAAGAAACUCGUUUGAAAUGCGAUUCAAAAAGUGAACGAUUCCUAAACACUACCAGCCGCGAAUCGAGGUACGACAGCGCCGACAGUGGAAUCGGCGAAUCCACAUCUUCUGUGACGUCAUCAUGGGAUUGUGACGACACAAGUUCUAAUUCUUCCAAUGAAAAUGGAAGAAACUUAACUCAAGAGUGCGAAAAUGAGGAUAGUGAACAUUAUUGGACAAUUAGUGACGACGACCAAUAUUGGGGCAUUGUUGGUCAACAAGUGCCCGGUUAUUACGUCACAAACGCCAUUGCGAAACAAAUCGAAUAUUAUUUGUCGGAUGCUUAUCUCAUGAAAGACAAAUAUUUGUUACGUCAGAUCCGGUGCAAAAAAGAUGGUUACGUCAGUAUCAAGCUUAUUACGUCAUUUAAAAAGGUUAAAAAAUUGACACGUGAUUGGGCCGUCGUACGUAGCGCCAUCGUGCGACUUUCUACAACGGUCGUUGUGAGUUCGGAAGGACUUCGGAUCCGAAGGCGCGCGAAUCUUUCCGAAAAUCUCCGGAAACCUCGACAACUGACAAGCGUUCUGGCAAUUCGAUUACCUUCUGAAUACAAUUCCGUGGAGAAAGUGACGUCAUUAUUCGCAUUGUUUGGUGAGAUUGGGUUUGUGAGAUUGUUAAGAAGCGAUAAAGAGGUUCCUUGUGAUCUAAAAAAUUAUGCUACACAGGUUUAUGAUAUUGGCAAAUCCUUGUGCGCUGUGGUAGAUUUCGACCAAUCAGAAGACGCGUUGGCAUCGGUUCGAAUUCUGAAACACCUUCUGCAAAACAAGGACGAUUAUGACGUCAUAAAGGAACAAGAGAAUAUAAACGAAGAUCAACUUGAAAAAUAUAAACAAGGAAUAAAAGAUCUGUCUUCACUUGCCGGUACGAGGGUGGCACUUCUUGGUCCCCGAGUAAAAAGGACUCUCUACCGCCAAGACCGGACACAAGACGUCACGAACUUUCCCGACGAUAGUGAAGUCCCUUGUCCAGUGAAAGAUAAUACAGAACUGAAGGUUGAUUAUGACACAACAAACAAAGUCGACGUCACAUCGAAAAAUUCGCGAGGACCGCGACUUUGUGGGAGGAGAAUAACAGGGACAUCGUUACGUCAUAAUAGUUGUAGUGUAACGCGACAACCGAGAGGGCCCGACCAUGCAUCGCCAGGAUUUACUACGAUUGUGACGAGAAUUUAAAACUUGUUUUUUUAUUAGAAUUAACUUUUGGCCAACUGCCAAAAUUGCAAUAAGUAAUCGAUGCAAAUAACUCACCGUGUAAUGACGUCUUGAUCGUGUAUUGUAAAUAUAACUCGCAUUGACUUUUUAUA